AUGUUGAGAACAUCCUACAGAAGUGCCACGCGCACGUUCAGCUCUUCUGCUGCCACGGCCAGCAAAAUCCAGGUCAAAAACCCCAUUGUCGAGAUGGACGGUGACGAGAUGACUCGUAUCAUUUGGGCCAGAAUCAAGGACAAGUUGAUCAACCCAUACUUGGACGUCGACUUGAAGUACUACGACUUGGGUAUCGAGGCCAGAGACAAGACCAACGACCAGAUCACCAUCGACGCUGCCAAUGCCAUCAAGGAGUUCGGUGUUGGUGUCAAGUGUGCUACCAUUACCCCAGAUGAAGCUAGAGUGGCCGAGUUCAACUUGAAGAAGAUGUGGUUGUCUCCAAACGGUACCAUCAGAAACAUUUUGGGCGGUACUGUUUUCCGUGAGUCCAUUAUCAUCCCAAGAAUUCCUCGUUUGAUUCCUGGCUGGGAGAAGCCAAUUGUCAUUGGUAGACAUGCUCACGGUGACCAGUACAAGGCUACCGAUUUGGUGAUCGAGGAGCCUGGUAAGUUGGAGAUGGUUUUCACUCCUGCCAACGGCGGAGAGACCAUCACCAAGACUAUCUACGACUACAAGAGCAGAGGUGUCGGCUUGGCCAUGUACAACACCGACGAGUCCAUCAUUGGGUUCGCUCACUCUUCGUUCAAGAUGGCUCUUGCCCAAAAGUUGCCAUUGUACUUGUCCACCAAGAACACCAUCUUGAAGAAGUACGACGGUCGUUUCAAGGAUAUCUUCCAAGCUAUCUUCGAGGAGAGCUACAAGCUGGAGUUCGAUGCCGCUGGUAUCUGGUACGAGCACAGAUUGAUCGAUGACAUGGUCGCUCAAAUGAUCAAGUCCAAGGGUGGUUUCGUCAUGGCCUUGAAGAACUACGAUGGUGACGUGCAAUCCGACAUUGUCGCUCAAGGUUUCGGUUCCUUGGGUCUUAUGACCUCUGCCUUGAUGACUCCUGACGGAAAGGCAUACGAGUCUGAGGCUGCUCACGGUACUGUCACCAGACAUUACAGACAACAUCAACAGGGCAAGGAGACCUCCACCAACUCCAUUGCUUCCAUCUUCGCAUGGUCCAGAGGUAUUGCCCAAAGAGGUAGAUUGGACGGCACUCAGGAUGUUGUUGACUUUGCCAACACCUUGGAGCAAGCCACCGUGGCCACCGUCCAGGAUGACGGUAUCAUGACCAAGGACUUGGCCUUGGCCUGUGGCAAGACCAGCCGUGACUCUUAUGUCACCACCACUGAAUUCUUGGAUGCUGUUUCUGACAAGUUGAAGGGAUCUUUCUAA